CGCAGUCGCGGGAGCAACAAAAUAGUUUUUUGGCGCCGUUUUUUCUUGUGCCUGGCGAAAUUUGAAAUCCGAUUUUUGGAAAACAAAACGUUUGUCGCAUCCAAUUCCUACAAAGAGACAAAAAAGCAAAAGGAUAAUAUCCAAACGGAACAUCGAAUAUGACAACCUCAACGCGCAGCAGCAGCACCACCACCAACAAUAACAGCAACAGCCACAACCACAACGAUAGCGAGGAGAGGGUCGGGGUCGCAGCGGAAGGAGCCGCUGUCUAUGCCAACAACGGUAAUAGUCCAGCGAACAUUGGAUCCACGAAUCGCGUGAUGCAGGCGGACGAGGACUUUAACAUUCGGUUCGUCAAUCUGGUGCGCACCCACAAGUGCCUCUACGACAAGAAGGUGCCAGAGUACCGCAACAGGGACAACCAGGAGAAGGCAUGGGUGUUGAUCUCAAAGGAAACCCGUGAAAGUGUCAUUCACUGCAAGGAGCGGUGGCGCAACCUGCGCGCCUGCCUCUCGCGCUACAUCAAGCAACAGAGCGGAUCGGAGCCACAGCACAAACCUUACUACCUGACGGAGCACAUGGCCUUCCUGCUCCCCUUCCUCAAGUCCACGCGCAACUCCCUGGACGGCAACAACAGCCUGGCCACGCUCUUCCAUCUGUCCCAGCAGCACCUGAACCAUGUGCAGCAGCAGCCGCAGCACCCCCAUCAGACGCUGCCUGUGCCGCAUCCUCAGGAUGAGCACAUGUACUGCUCCACCGCCAACAAUAACAACAACAAUGGAGAGAUGAUGGAGCUGAAGCACUCAAUGUCGGAGAACGACGACGAGGAGACCAUCGACGCCUUCGAUCCCGCCGUUGCCAGCACCCUCAGCCUGCAGCGGGGAGUUCCCACGCCCACAAGUCAUGCCACAAGGGAUCAUCAGCCGCGCGGCAGUUCUCCUGCCCGGAGUGAUACGGCCAGCGCGGACAGCAUGCAGAACUUUAUUCCGGACGUGCAGCUGGCCGAGUCGGGGCCGAACUUGAUCUACAACGAUGGGGGACGAGGCACGCCGCCACCGCUACACUAUCACCCUCACACGCUGCCACAUCCGAUGGACGGACACCACCAUCACAGCCACAGCCACGGCCACCAGCACCAGUUCGAGUCGGGGAGCAGUGCCAAGCGGAUCAAGACAGAGUGCGAGGCCACCAGCACAAUGGCGAACGGAGGCUCCAACUUCUAUGGCGGUCUGAGCGUCGCAGAACUGGCGGACAUGGAGUUCUUCCGCAGCAUUCUGCCGGACAUUGCGGCACUGACGCCGCAGCAGCGUCGAAAGUUCAAGAUCGGGAUCCUGGAGCUCAUAGAUGAUGUCGUGGCCCGUUAUCCGGGACCGGAGCGCUAUAACGGAGGCGGAUGCGUGGUCAAUGGCAGUGGCGGGAGCAGCAGUAAUGGCGGAGGGUCCCUAAACAGCACAGCGGGAAGGCAGCAGCGACGCAGCUCAGGGCGCGAAUGGCGCAAGUAAAAUGUCACUAGUCACUAACUAACUAGAUGUAGGCCAAUCGUUUGUUUAGUUAGUAGCUAAAAACAGGAUUGGGCUGGAGUCCUCCAGUCCUCCGCUCACUGUCCAUGUGUUGUGUGCGCUCAAUGAGUAAGGAUUAGCAUUAAGGAAUAGCUCUAAGAACGGUGGGACGCAGACUCCCCGCCCUGUAAAUAUCUGUGCGUCUGUGUAUGCGGCAAGGAAUUUCCUCCCUCCUCGCAUAUAGUCUUAUAUAGAAUAUAUUCUAUCUAUGUGUAUAUCUAGAGUUCUACUAGCAUCGAUGUACAAAGUGUUCCCGUGUUGAGUCAGAGGAAGAGAAACCCAUUGCUGUGUCAAAUAAAUCGUCAAAUGUGAGUAUGAAAAAAGUA